GCAGUCUGUGAGACCUGCUUAGGCCCAAACCCAUAUCUAAGAAUGAUGAGGGAAAGAGAAGCACUAGAGUGUAAAUUAUGUACAAGACCAUUCACAGUAUUCAAGUGGGCUCCAAAAAAGAAUGGUGCUUUCAAAAAAACAAUAAUAUGCUUGACAUGUUCAAGACAAAGAAACUGUUGUCAAAGUUGUUUGAUGGAUUUAACCUAUGGUAUACCUAUCCAAUUAAGAGAUGCUGCGUUGAAAAUGGCUGGUGUCCAAGGAAUCACUGGUGAUGAACCGAAAAAUGAAAUAUCAAAAUUAUAUGUUGCAAAUAAUUCACAACAAUUUCAAACAAUUGGAGGUGCUUCAGUGACUUCGAAUGCUGAAAGGGCAAAGGAAAUAUUGACAAAAUUAUCAUUAGCUUUAAAAAAUAAUAAAAACCCUAAAAAAUUGAAUGAUAAAUCUGAUCAAUUACCAUCACAUAUUAGUAAAAUUGAUGUCACUAAAAUAAUAUCAAAAUUGCCAUUCAAUGGUUCAUUAGAACCUCCAAAGGAUGAAACAAUAACCACAUUAUUCAUAUUUGGAAUUGAUGAAUCAUUGCCAGAAUAUAAAAUAACGGAUUAUUUUGAACAAUUUGGCAAGAUCAAAUCUUUUGAUUGUCAACAUAAAGCCAGAGCAGGGUUUAUAACUUUCCAAACAAGAGAUAAUGCUGAAAAAGCUACACAAUCAAUAACUUCACCACAACCUCAAGCACCAGGUUUAUUAAUCAUUGAAAACAUUCCACUAAGGAUAACUUGGGGUAAAGAACGUCCUUUAGGUGUUUCCAAUGCUGAAAAGAUUAAAGUUGGUUCAGUUGUUGGUAAAAUAUUGAAGAAGUUUUCA